AGGCGUGUAUGUAAACUAGGGUGUCGCCGAGGUGGCUGUAUUCGAAGGCGACAGUCUAUUCGGCUAAUCAUUUGACAAAACAAAUAAUGUGAUAAGAUCGGUAAUUUGACCUCCAAAAAUUUACAAUUCUUCUUGAUCGAGAGUCCCAAAAUGUUUGGAAUAACGGGGUAUGCCGAUCAGUUUAAUGAGCUCGGUGGUAGUUUGAAGAAAGAGUAAGUCGGGGAGCCAUUUUGUCUCGGCAGGGUGAGAGAAAGAAAAGGGGAAUCACACGGGAGAAUAUAUAUAUUUUUUAUUCACAUGCUGUAAGAGAAACGGUUCUGUUUUUGGAAAUAACAUUAGUUACACAUCGGAUACGGUUGCGACACUCUACCCUCUGCGAUAUUUAGUUAACUAUCAAACUAACUUGGACAUCAACAAUAUCAUAAUCACACGCUGAUAUUCCACCUCUCUGCUCGUAACUCGCGCUGGCUCUCUAGACCUGCGGGAGAUAGUUUCUCGUCUGUCCGGUGAACACAUCUGGUUUCUCGAUGGCGAAGAAGACCUACGACCUGCUCUUCAAGCUCCUGCUGAUCGGGGACUCGGGCGUGGGGAAGACCUGCGUGCUGUUCCGCUUCUCAGACGACGCCUUCAACACCACCUUCAUCUCCACCAUAGGAAUAGACUUCAAGAUCAAAACUGUUGAACUCCAAGGAAAGAAAAUCAAACUACAGAUAUGGGACACUGCUGGUCAGGAGCGGUUCCACACCAUCACCACGUCCUACUACCGAGGCGCCAUGGGCAUCAUGCUGGUCUAUGACAUCACCAACGCCAAGAGCUUCGAGAACAUCAGCAAGUGGCUCCGCAACAUCGACGAGCAUGCCAAUGAGGACGUGGAGAGAAUGCUGCUAGGCAACAAGUGUGACAUGGAGGACAAGAGGGUGGUACCAAAAGCCAAGGGAGAGCAGAUUGCCAGAGAACAUGGUAUUAGAUUUUUUGAGACGAGUGCCAAGGCCAACAUCAGCAUCGAGAAGGCUUUCCUCACGCUAGCAGAAGACAUCCUCAGAAAGACGCCCGUCAAAGAGCCCAACAGUGAAAACGUGGACAUCAGCGGUGGGAGUGGAGUCACAGGAUGGAAGAGCAAGUGCUGCAGUUAGAACAGCCCUCUGUCCCUCCCUCACACACACUGACAUGCACACUCUUUAUCUC